AUGCCAUGCGACGUGGCGGAAGCCAAUAGUGACAUGUAUGGAACAGAGAAACAUAAUCUAGUUGAAGGUUCCUAUCAAAUAACAGAAAAUCAAUCAAUACCUGUUUAUGCUGAUAUUCAAACGUAUCCUUGUUCAAAUUGCAAUCGUUGUUUCAAUGCUGAAUCUCUACGUAAACAUCAACCAAUCUGCAAAAAAACAUCACAAAAAGUGCCUCGAAAAAUAUUUGAUACGGGUAAACAACGUGCUAACGAUUCCGAUGUACCUUAUGUGGCAACAAAAGAAACUACGCAGUUUUAUAAAGAAGGUAUAAAACCUAAAGCAGAUUAUAAGAAGAAUAAAACUAGCAACUGGCGAGAAGAACACAAUGAACUUGUUCGUACGAUUCGUGAAGCACGACAAGUCACACAGACUACGGGGAACAGUGCCCCGCAAGCUAAGUCAACGUCGUCACAGGCUCCAACUGAUUAUAUUCAAUGUGAAUAUUGUCAACGUCAUUUCAAUCAAUAUUCAGCAGAAAGACAUAUUCCAUUUUGUGAAACACAAUUUAAACGAAAACAAAUGCAAUAUACGUCAUCAACAACCAAUAAUACACGUACACCUGCUGGUAGUAUUGGACGACAAGGACGUUUAAAUCAGCAACAACUCCAAACUAAUUCAGCACCAUCUACAUUAGUAUCACAACAUACUCAAAAAACAAAUGGUGAAAAAGAUUAUCGAAGGACACCUUUAAAUUCUAAUACAUUUAAACGAAUAACUUUUAACGAAAUAACAAGAAAACCUAUGAAUGGCAAGUCACCAAAGUUCAGCAGUGAUCAAGUGACAAAAACAAGAAGUGCAGCUGGAAAUUACUUGCCAGGUAUGAUGCGUACAGGUCGAACAAUUAAAAAUAAUGAUUUGAACUUAAUAGCAGCUGUUGGACGAGAACGACAAAAAAAGGAUGUUUCACCACGAUUACAACAACGAACAAUAGUAAUGAAAAAACGAUCACCUAGUCCAACGCAUCGACUUUCACAACUGAAUGGUAGUUUCAACUAUCAACAAAAGAAGAUACGAGCACCGAUCGCAUCAACAGCACCGAAAAAUUGUCAUGAAUGUGGUGAAAGCUUUCCUGUUGAAUGGGCUAAGUUUUGUUGCGAGUGUGGAGAGAAACGUGCCGGUUUUGAAUGA